CCUCACUCUCUCAUACCUCUCGAAGAACCCUUUCUAAACCUUAUCCCCUUUCAAAGCAUAGCGAGAGAAAGAGAGAGCCAUGUCUGCCUCCGCUUCCUCCGUUUCUCUAUCUUCCUUCAACCCUAAAUCUCUCCCUCUCUGCGUCUCCCGCUCCGCCUCCAUCCUCCCACCUUCCCUCUCCUUCAAACUCCACUCCAUCUUCGCUUCCUCCGCCGCCGUCAGAUGCUCCUCCCCCGCCCAACACUCCUCUCGUUUCGCCCGAAACGUCGCCGUAUCGUCGGAUUUCGAGGUUGAGGAGGAAAACAUGUUCACCGACGGCGACGACGAUUCCUCUCCCCCGCCUCCGCGUGGCGGAAGCUCAUUCUCCGCUGACCUGAAACUCUUCGUCGGUAACCUUUCUUUCGAUGUGGAUAGCGCUCAGCUCGCUCAGUUGUUUGAGAGCGCCGGCACUGUUGAGAUGGUUGAGGUAAUAUAUGACAAAGUUACUGGCAGAAGCAGAGGGUUUGGAUUUGUGACCAUGUCCACUGCAUCUGAAGUUGAGGCAGCUGCUCAGCAGUUUAAUGGCUAUGAACUUGAAGGCAGAGCUUUGAGGGUUAACGCUGGACCUCCUCCACCUAAGAGAGAGGAAUCCUUCUCCAGAGGACCAAGAAGCGGUGGUUACGGUUCAGAACGUGGUGGUGGUUACGGUUCCGAACGUUCCGGCUACGGGUCUCAGCGUUCAGGACGUUCUGGUUACGGGUCCGAGCGCUCCAGCUACGGGUCCGAGCGUUCAAGCUACGGUUCUGGGUCAGGUUCAGGGUCAGGUUCGUCAGACCGUGUUUAUGUGGGUAACCUUUCGUGGGGUGUGGAUGACACGGCGCUUGAGAGCUUGUUCAGCGAGCAAGGAAAGGUUGUUGAGGCCAGGGUCAUUUACGACAGGGACACUGGUCGAUCAAAGGGUUUUGGGUUUGUGACGCUCGGCUCUCCUCAAGAGGUCACGAGAGCCAUCAACUCUUUGAAUGGCGCAGAUUUGGAUGGAAGACAGAUUAGAGUCUCGGAGGCUGAGGCUAGGCCACCAAGGCGCCAGUUUUGAGCAACCAUGUCACUUCACUACUCUUUAAGAGAAAUGGAGGUGUAGGUCAUCUUGAUUGACGAACAAGCUAUUUGAGUUUUGGGCUUUGUUUCUUUAUUUUACUUUUUAAGCCGUUUUGGGCUUUUUGCUUUUAUCUUUGCAGACUACUUAGGGUUUUGGACUUUUAUUUUCUUUCUUCCAUUGUGCUGUGCUUGUUCUCGUUAACUACUUGUCCACCAAAUGUCUGUGGACCGAUUAAAAGAGUGUACGAAUGGUUUUGCUUUAGUAAAAUUUCUUCAAUCA